GGCACAUUGACCUUUCUUGUCACCGCCUGGCCCUUGACUCAAGCUCCUACUCCAUCUUUGCUUUUCUACCAUUCUACUGGUUCUGACAAGGCAAACGGUACUCUCACAAGAUAGGCCAACCUCGGUGAGGACGUGUUACUGUAGCGGGCGUUGGAGUUACGACUGUCGCAUGAGCCCUUGGCAAACUACCAACGACGCCUGCGACUGCGACGCUUCACCUCAGAUAAGCCGACUCUCUCACCCACGCCUUACCGUCGUGAUAUUCUAGAAUCCCACUUCUCGUGUUCCACCGUCUCUUUAGCAAUUCUUCAUUCUCUUCCUACUCCUUCUCCGUUUUACCUAAACCCAGACAAGGAUCCUCUGCGAGGUCCUGCCCCGGCGACCAUGUCAAACCAGCAGGUGGGCACGGUGUUCGAUCGUGUCAUCCAGGAGGUUUGCGAUGGCUCUCAGGUGGACUUUGAAGAAAGCGGAGUGGAUCAACAGACGCUUCUAGAUUUGCGCAAAAGCUGGCAGAAGAAGCUAUCUUCGUUGGGCGUCGCUCAUUUCCCUUGGGAUCCCCCACCACCGCAACAAGCCCCUCCCAGCCAAAACCAGCAACAAAUACUCCCUCCCACUGCCACCGUCCCUUCCAACGCUCCUCGUCCUGCUCCGUCUCCUCAUCUACCACAGCAACAUGUUCCUCCUCCGCAACAACCCAUUCCUCAGUCCAUGCCCACCACGGCUCCCCCCAUGCAAGCUCCGGCCCCGGUAGGUGCCCCGCCUCGCCCCAUGGGCCACCUGCCGCCGAUUAAGACGGAGCCUGGGGUCAACAAUCAGCCGGGGAUGAUGCCCGUGAACAAUAACGGCAACAUGAUGAUGCCACCCAGUGGAUCAGCCCCCCAGUCUGCUCAACAACGGGCCGCCGACAUGCUCCGUCAGCGCUAUGGAGACGCAGCUGCCACUUCGGUUAGUCAGCUGCAAGCCCAGUCGCAGCCAGCGAUGGGCAUUCCAGGUCAGCCACGCCCACCAAACAUGCAGCAUUUGCCGAAUGGCCAGGCGCCUCAGAUCAAGCAGGAGCCUGGCUACUCACCUGCCCCUCGUCCUUCCUUGGGGAACGCUCAAACCGAUGGUGCUGGAGAUGCACUCUCUGAGUGGAAGGCAGAGGUCGCUCGACGGCGUGAAGCCGCGCAACGUCAGAACGGAGAGGGCGACCGUCUCUUGCGGGAGCAUCUGAAACAGCGCAUGCUCCAGUUUGAGGGUGGAGGCCUUAUGCUACCUUUGGAAGAGCGACAAACAUCUUCAGCACGUGGCCUUUCGCUUAAUUCAGUAGAUGGAACUGGAGCGCAACCUUCGGCUGUUCCCAAAGCCCAAUUCGAUGGUCCAGGUGGUGAUGAUGAAAGAGACGAAGAUGACGAAGAUGCCAUUAAUUCUGAUCUCGAUGACCCGGAUGAUCUUGUUGCUGACGAGCACGACGGCGACGAGUCUAUGGGUCAAGUCAUGCUUUGCACCUACGACAAGGUACAAAGGGUGAAGAACAAGUGGAAGUGUACGCUGAAGGACGGCAUCCUGACCACUGGAGGCAAAGAAUAUGUCUUCCACAAAGGCCAAGGCGAAUUCGAAUGGUAGGCCCUAGUUACGAAUCAGAUCGCCAAGCUCAAGAACAUGUCCUGCUCAUGCGUCUCCUGUUUCUCUUUCCUAAUUCCCCGGUGCUUCGCCUAUUUCUCCUGCCAUCUUUGAUGUAGAAAACCAGUUAUGACACCAAUUUAUGAUGAAGAAUCAGCCCAUUCCACACAUUCGGGGAGUUGGUCAGUACAAAUUGACCUUUCCCAUGACAUACGUAACUACCUUACUACAUACUACUCUACUACUGGAAGGGAUGGAUGGAUUCCCUCCAUCUCGGGUGUCAAUUUUUCUUAGUUUCUUUCUUUCCUUCGUUCCACUUUGGAUGUAUCGUGGCGCUUGUUCAGGUGGACGGCAGUCUCUUCUGCUCUUUUCGUUUCACUUCUUCCCCCUUUGCUUCCAUGCUUGUUUCUCAUCGGGAUCAUGUACUAGUUUACCUCAAGUCGAAUGAAUAUGACG